AUGGAUGAGAUUGCAAAGGAAUACGAUGUCAUCGUGCUGGGCACUGGAUUGACCGAGUGUAUUCUGUCUGGUGUUCUGAGCGUCAAGGGCAAGAAGGUCCUCCACAUCGACCGCAACGACCACUACGGCGGUGAAGCUGCUUCCGUAAACCUCGAGGCGCUCUUCAAGAAGUAUGGCAACUACGCCCAGGGCGAGGAGCCCUGGAAGAAGUAUGGCCGCCUCAACGACUGGAACAUCGACCUCGUCCCUAAGUUCCUCAUGUCCUCAGGCGAGUUGACCAACAUCCUCGUCUCCACCGACGUCACCCGAUACCUCGAGUUCAAGCAGGUCGCCGGCAGCUACGUCCAGCAGGGCGCUGGCCCCAAGGCCACCGUUGCCAAGGUCCCGUCCGAUGCUGGCGAGGCUCUCAAGUCCCCGCUUAUGGGCAUCUUCGAGAAGCGACGCAUGAAGUCCUUCAUUGAGUGGGUUGGCACCUUCGACGUCAACGAUCCCGCCACACACAAGGGUCUUGACAUCAACACCGUGGCCCUGAAGGAGGUCUACGACAAGUUCGGUCUUGAGGCUACCACCCGCGACUUCAUUGGCCAUGCCAUGGCUCUCUACCUCACUGAUGAGCACAUCAAUGCCAAGGGCCAGGCCCCCGAGGCCAUCCAGCGCAUCCGCCUCUACGGCAACUCUGUCGCCCGGUACGGCAAGUCCCCCUACAUCUACCCUCUCUACGGUCUCGGCGAGCUCCCUCAGGGCUUCGCCCGUCUGUCUGCUAUCUAUGGCGGCACCUACAUGCUCAACACCAACGUCGACGAGAUCCUGUACGAGGGCUCCAAGGCCGUCGGUAUCAAGGCUACCAUGACUGGCGUUGAGGAGAUGAAGUUCGAGACCAAAGCCAAGAUGAUCCUCGGUGACCCCUCUUACUUCGUCGGCAAGACCAAGGUUAUCGGCCACGUCGUCCGCGCCAUCUGCAUCUUGACGCACCCCCUGGCUGGUACCAACGACAGCGACUCCGCCCAGCUCAUCAUCCCCCAGUCUCAGGUCGGCCGCAAGAACGACAUCUACAUUGCUUGCGUCUCAUCUGCCCACAAUGUCUGCCCUAAGGGCUACUGGAUCGCCAUUGUCUCGACCAUCGCCGAGACCACGGCCAACCACCACCUCGAGCUCCAGCCUGGUCUGGAGCGUCUUGGCAAGAUCGAGGAGCAGUUCAUGGGUGCCCCCAUCCCCAUCUCUGAGCCCCUCGAGAACGGCACCAGUGACAACAUCUUCAUCUCUAAGAGCUACGACGCCACCAGCCACUUCGAGACCACCACCGACGAUGUCAAGGAUAUCUACCACCGCUGCACCGGCGAGGACCUCAAGGUUGAGGGCCUGAGGGAGGGUCUCCAGGUUGCCGAGGAGCAAUAA